AACCCGUAUCGUGGGAGCUACACUCCGGGCGGGGGGAAGAAGAAAGAGAAUCGGAGAGGUUGAGGCGGCGGGGUAGAGCGCUGGCUUCGUUGGUUUCGGCAAAUAAGGGCAACGGUCGAGAUUCACGACACGGGCGCCGCGGGAUCGUCCUCUAAAUUUGCCGUUUACAAGGUGUCUGCAAGUUUCUCUUUAUCAGUACUUUUUAAUGAUAAAGAUCACUGCAGGCAUUCGUGAAAGGAAUUUUCAAAUAUAGUUUUCUUCUGCUUCAUUUUUGAGUUUUGCAGAUUUUGAUCUGAUUUUGGUGAAUACUUCGUACUGGAUUGGCAGAGUAUGCUUUGAUUUGCUAAUGUGGAAGCUUAAGAUCGCGGAAGGGGGGAGCCCAUGGCUGAGGUCAACGAAUGGGCAUGUGGGGAGACAGGUAUGGGAGUUUGACCCGGAGAUGGGGACGCCAGAGGAGAUUGCAGAGAUUGAAAAGGCACGGGAAGCUUUCCGAAAGAGUCGAUUCAGUAUAAAGCACAGCGCGGAUAUACCCAUGCGGCUGCAGUUUGCAAAGGAAAAUCCUAUUGAAAUACGAUUUCCACGAAUCAAGCUGGAAGAGCAUGAAGAUGUGACGGAGGAGGCUGUUUCAACAACUCUAAGAAGGGCUAUCAGUUGUCAAUCCACUCUCCAAGCUCAUGAUGGACACUGGCCAGGAGAUUAUGGUGGCCCCAUGUUUCUGAUGCCUGGUUUGAUUAUAACCUUAUAUGUUACUGGAGCACUCAAUGUUGUUCUAUCAUCAGAGCAUCAGAAGGAGAUGUGUCGUUAUCUUUAUAACCAUCAAAAUGAAGAUGGUGGAUGGGGUUUGCAUAUUGAAGGCCAUAGCACGAUGUUUGGUUCAGUACUUUCAUAUGUUACAUUGAGGUUACUUGGUGAAGGAGCUGAAGAUGGAGCUGGAGCUAUGCAAAAGGGAAGAGAUUGGAUAUUAGACCAUGGUGGUGCAACACAUAUAACUUCAUGGGGAAAAUUUUGGCUUUCAAUUCUUGGAAUAUUUGAUUGGUCUGGAAACAAUCCCCUGCCUCCGGAGAUCUGGUUACUCCCAUAUGCUUUGCCAGUUCAUCCAGGACGGAUGUGGUGUCACUGCCGGAUGGUUUAUUUACCCAUGUCUUAUCUAUAUGGGAAAAGGUUUGUGGGUCCAAUUACAUCAACUAUUCUGUCACUUAGGAAGGAGCUUUUUACUAUUCCGUAUGAUGAAAUAGAAUGGAACCUGGCUCGUAAUCAAUGUGCCAAGGAAGAUUUGUACUAUCCCCAUCCACUCUUUCAAGACCUUCUCUGGGCCUCUCUUCAUAAGAUUGGUGAACCUAUUUUUAUGAAUUGGCCUGGUAACAUGUUGAGGAAGAAGGCCCUUAGUACUGUCAUGCAACAUAUUCAUUAUGAAGAUGAAAAUACUCGAUACAUUUGCAUAGGUCCUGUAAAUAAGGUGAUAAAUAUGCUUUGCUGCUGGGUUGAGGAUUCAAACUCUGAAGCAUUUAAGUUGCACCUUCCUAGACUGUAUGACUAUUUGUGGCUCGCUGAAGAUGGAAUGAAAAUGCAGGGCUACAAUGGCAGCCAAUUAUGGGAUACAGCAUUUACGGUACAAGCAAUUAUGUCAACUAAACUUUAUGAAGAAUAUGGCCCUACUCUAAAAAAGGCUAAUGAUUAUAUUAAGAAAUCACAGGUUCUUGAAAAUAGCCACGGUGAUCUUAGCUUUUGGUAUCGACACAUUUCUAAAGGUGCAUGGCCAUUCUCUACUGGAGAUCAUGGUUGGCCCAUUUCAGAUUGUACUGCUGAAGGAUUGAAGGCAGCAUUGUUGUUGUCGCAAAUUUCUCCAGAAGUUGUUGGGGAAUCAAUGGAAGCAAAUAGUUUCUAUGAUGCCGUGAGUGUCAUUCUUUCCCUUAUGAAUAAGGAUGGUGGUUUUGCAACUUAUGAACUAACAAGAUCUUAUGCUUGGUUGGAGAUUAUCAAUCCUGCUGAGACAUUUGGAGACAUAGUUAUUGACUAUCCAUAUGUAGAAUGUACAUCAGCGUCAAUUCAGGCUCUUACAGCAUUUAAAAAAUUGUACCCUGGACAUAGAAGAAAGGAGAUAGAUAAUUGCAUUAAAAAAGCAGCUCAUUUCAUUGAGAAGAUACAAAAACCAGAUGGUUCAUGGUAUGGUUCUUGGGCUGUUUGCUUCACAUAUGGGAUAUGGUUUGGUGUGAAGGGACUGAUUGCUGCUGGAAAAUCAUAUCAAGAUAGUCCUUCUAUCCGAAAAGCAUGUAAUUUCCUGUUAUCUAAACAACUAGCUUCUGGUGGCUGGGGGGAGAGUUAUCUAUCUUGUCAAGAUAAGGUGUACACAAAUCUUGAAGGAGGUCGUUCUCAUGCAGUGAACACAGGAUGGGCCAUGUUAGCUCUAAUAGAUGCUGGACAGGCUGAAAGGGAUCCAAAGCCAUUAAAUCGAGCAGCAAAAACCUUGAUUAACAUGCAGCUGGAGAGUGGUGAAUUUCCUCAACAGGAAAUUAUGGGAGUUUUCAACAGAAACUGCAUGAUCAGCUAUUCAGCAUAUCGGAACAUAUUUCCAGUAUGGGCACUCGGAGAAUAUCGGACUCGGGUCCUGCGGGCUAGCCAUUAACAUCAACUGUACCUUCUUGAAGUUCGUGUGGAAGAUGUUGAAGAAGGAGAAAUUACUAGUGAGGAUUUGAAUAGACCUGGCAUAUAACCGGUUGUUUCCAACUUUGGUACGUCUAAAUUUAAACUUCAGAAAGAGCUCAGGUCUUUAGGCAAAUGUAACUCUAUUAUUUGUAAUAGAAGGGGUGGUGUGCUGAAAAAAUACAGCAGUGGGAGUAUUCCCACUACUAAAGAUUAAAGUCAUCCAUUAUUUUUUGGGAUAAUAGAGGGGCUAAGAAAAAAGAAUCCUCUCGAUAUUGAAGGAGAUAGUGAAUUCUGAAAACAAGUCGUAUUCUUCCUCCACUUGGAAAAUUAUAUUACAUGGAUCAAAAAGUUUGAAACCAAUUGUUAGAUGGAAUAUAUACAAUGGGUGUGAUAUCAA